UUGAUCUUUCUUUUAUGAGUAGGGAAAAGUUGGUCGGUGACUGUUAUUGAUCCCCCAAAUUUGAAACUAUGGGUGCGCGUUGAUUUCUACAACUUGAUUCUAUUGAUUCUAUUACCAAUUCAGUCACAACAAAAAAAAUCAAAAUCAGAUCCAGGCAUUCUCUUUCGCUCUCACAGAAGCAAAUUCCUAAAAAAUCUCAAGCAGAGCUGUCAUCCCUACCAAAUCUUAAGCAGAGCUGUCGAAAUGGAGAACAAUGCUGAGAUCUCUACUCUAUCGGAAACUGAUGCACGCUAAAAAUUCUGGAGUGAAAACAACCACCAACGUUGCUUUUGCGAGACGGAGAUGAUUAUAAAGAACUAUAAAAGAUGGAUGAAAUACUUGGAUUCUGAACAUAAAAACCAGGGUUUAAGGCGUCAACAAGAACAAGCUCGAGCAAGGGAGGGUACACAGGAGAGGGAGGAACGAUUAACCAAGAUCCAGAUAUUCUUUCGCUCUCACAGAAGCAAAUUCCUAAAAAAUCUCAACCAGAGUUGUCAUCCCUACCAAAUCUUAAGCAGAGCUGUCCAAAUGGAGAACAAUGUUGAGAUCUCUACUCUAUCGGAAACUGAGGCACGCUACAAAUUCUGGAGUGAAAACAACCACCAAUGUUGUUCUUGCGAGACGGAGAUGAUUAUAAAGAACUAUAAAAGAUGGAUGAAACAAUUGAAUUCUGAACAUGAAAACCAGGAUUUAAGGCGUCAGCAAGAACAAGCUCGAGCAAGGGUACACAGGAGAGGGAGGAACGAUUAAUCAAGAAUCAAAUCCCUAAAAAAUAUCAAGCAGAGCUAUCAUCCCUACCAAAUCUUAAGCAGAGUUGUCGAAAUGGAGAACAAUGCUGAGAUCUCUACUCUAUCGGAAACUGAGGCAUGCUACAAAUUCUGGAGUGAAAACAACCACCAACAUUGUUUUUGCGAGACGGAGAUGAUUAUAAAGAACUAUAAAACAUGGAUGGAACACUUGGAUUCUGAACAUAAAAACCAGGAUUUGAGGCAUCAUCAAGAACAAGCUCGAUCAAGGGUACACAGAAGAGGGAGGAACGAUUAAUCAAGGUAUUGAGGAAUUUAUAUCUCAUUAACUUAUUAUUAAUUAUUUUUUUAAAUCCCCAAUUCAGUCACAACAAAAAAAAUCAGAUCCAGAUAUUCUCUUUCGCUCUCACAAAAGCAAAUCCCUAAAAAAUCUCAAGCAGACCAGUCGAAAUGGAGAACAAUGCUGAGAUCUCUAAUCUAUCGGAAACUGAGGCAUGCUGGAGUGAAAACAACUACCAAUGUUGUUUUUGCGAGACGGAGAUGAUUAUAAAGAACUAUAAAAGAUGGAUGAAACACAUGGAUUCUGAACAUAAAAACCAGGAUUUAAGGCGUCAGCAACAACAAGCUCGAGCAAGGGUACACAGGAGAGGGAGGAACGAUUAACCAAGGUAUUGAUGAAUUUAUAUCUCAUUAACUUAUUAUUAAUUAUUUUUUUAAAUCCCCAAUUCAGUCACAACAAAAAAAAUCAGAUCCAGAUAUUCUCUUUCGCUCUCACAAAAGCAAAUCCCUAAAAAAUCUCAAGCAGAGUUGUCAUCCCUACCAAAUCUUAAGCAGAGUUGUCGAAAUGGAGAACAAUGUUGAGAUCUCUACUCUAUCGGAAACUGAGGCACGCUACAAUUCUGGAGUGAAAACAACCACCAAUGUUGUUCUUGCGAGACAGAGAUGAUUAUAAAGAACUAUAAAAGAUGGAUGAAACACUUGGAUUCUGAACAUAAAAACCAGGUAAGAACUUAAUCAGAAUUAAUUUGGAAAACCCAACAUGCAGAAAAAAAAAAAAAACUAAACAAGAGAAGGUUCUACGAGCGAAAAUAAAUGUAUCCAAUCAAACUACGAAAAACAGGAGUUAUGAAUAAAAUAGAAAAGGUUAAGGGUAAAUUGAGAAUGUAAUGGAAAUUUAUGCAACCUAAGCUAUUUUUUUAACCUAAAAUAUAUGAAAAUUCCGCUUAUAAAAGUUGACGGAGGAAGUAUGCGUAAACCAGUCCACUCUGCCUACUUCUCAGUCAAGAUAAUCUAUAUAAAUAGUUAGCUUGCUACCAAAAACCAAUUCAUUCCUCUUCUGCUUGUUCAUCAUCUUUGCGAUCUCUUUCCUCUUCAUCACUACUAUAUCCUUCGUUUUUAGAAUUAAAAAUGGUUUUGUCAAAGACUGCUUCGGAUUCUGAUGUUUCAAUCCACUCGACUUUCGCUUCUCGAUAUGUUCGAACUUCUCUUCCCAGGUUUAAGAUGUCAGAGGACUCAAUCCCAAAGGAAGCUGCAUAUCAGAUCAUUAACGAUGAGUUGAUGUUAGAUGGAAAUCCUAGACUGAAUCUUGCUUCCUUUGUGACAACUUGGAUGGAACCUGAAUGUAAUAAACUUAUUAUGGAUUCUGUUAAUAAGAAUUAUGUGGACAUGGAUGAAUACCCUGUUACAACUGAGCUUCAGAACCGCUGUGUGAAUAUGAUUGCCCGUCUCUUCAAUGCACCACUGGGAGACUCCGAAGCUGCAGUAGGAGUUGGUACAGUUGGAUCUUCAGAGGCGAUAAUGCUAGCUGGACUAGCAUUCAAGAGGAGAUGGCAAAACAAGAUGAAAGCUCAGGGUAAAUCCUGCGAAAAACCCAACAUUAUCACUGGUGCCAACGUUCAGGUCUGUUGGGAAAAGUUCGCAAGGUACUUCGAGGUGGAGCUUAUAGAAGUAAAACUGAGUGAGGGUUAUUAUGUGAUGGAUCCAGCAAAGGCUGUUGAAAUGGUGGAUGAGAAUACCAUCUGUGUAGCUGCUAUCCUUGGUUCAACCUUGAAUGGAGAAUUCGAAGACGUUAAGCUCUUGAAUGAUCUCCUGCUUGAGAAAAACAAGUUCACUGGAUGGGAUACCCCAAUUCACGUUGACGCUGCUAGUGGUGGAUUUAUUGCUCCAUUUAUUUACCCAGAAUUGGAAUGGGAUUUCCGCUUGCCUUUGGUGAAAAGCAUAAACGUUAGUGGUCACAAAUAUGGCCUUGUAUAUGCUGGGAUUGGGUGGGCGAUCUGGAGGACAAAAGAGGACUUGCCAGAAGAACUCAUUUUUCAUAUCAACUACUUGGGUGCUGAUCAACCCACCUUCACCCUCAACUUCUCCAAAGGUUCCAGUCAAGUUAUCGCUCAGUACUAUCAACUUAUCCGCUUGGGUGUCGAGGGUUAUCGAAACAUCAUGGAGGCCUGUGCAGAAAAUGCUAUAGUACUUAAGACAGGGCUCGAGAAGAUUGAUCGAUUCAACAUUGUAUCGAAGGACGUUGGUGUGCCAUUAGUAGCAUUCUCUCUAAAAGACCAUACCAAUUACACUGAGUUUGAUAUAUCGGAUAUGCUACGACGUUUUGGGUGGAUUGUUCCUGCUUAUACCAUGCCACCUGAUGCGCAACACAUUACAGUCUUACGUGUUGUUAUAAGAGAAGAUUUUUCACGUACUCUAGCAGAACGCCUUGUUUUGGACAUAACAAAAGUUUUGCACGAACUGGAUAACACGUCAGCAAAACUUACUGUGAAGAUAAAUAAGCAGAUUUCUGAUAAUCAUGAGAAGCAAGUUCAAGAAAAUUGGAAAACUUUGGUGAAGAAAACAGAAGUGGAAACUCAGACAGAGGUUAUUAAUAAAUUGAAAAAGAUGGUGUUGUCUACUAAGACUAAGGGAAUAUGUUGAUUCGAGAUUAACCGAUGAAUAUUUACGCUUUAUUUUCUAGUUCAGUAAGUUUAUUUUGAGGAUUGAUCAUAAUUGUUUGUCAGUCAGGACUCAGUAGUAUACUGUUUUGAACAGUAAAAGUUGGAGAGAGUUCAUGAUGAUCCAUUUUGAGACGUAGUAUAUUAUUUUAAUUUCCGGUAUU